CAAACGACUAGGGAGUUGCGCUUUGCUACACGGUCUGUGAUUGGACGCUAGCGGUUUGCGUCAUUUCCGUUGUCAAGUGCGCAGCGAUGGAGAGCCGGGGUUGGUAGGCGAGAGAGGCCUCCCGGUGUAUCGCGAACUACCCCGGGGCAUGAGCUCGGCUUGAGGAGGCCCCGGCAGUCGUGUACAGAGAUAGAGGAUGAAGAGGAGAGCAUCUGAAAGGGAUUCUGGAGAGACCUCUGCCAGAUCCAAGGCACUCUGCACCGCGAUCUCGGGAAGUAAUGCAAAGAGGGCAGGUCCUUUCAUUCUCGGGCCUCGUUUAGGAAACUCUCCAGUCCCGAGCAUUGUCCAGUGCUUGGCACGGAAAGAUGGCACAGAUGACUUUUACCAGCUUAAGAUCCUGAGCCUGGAGGAAAGACCUGACAAAUCAGGGGAGACACAGGAAGAGAGACAAGGCAAAAUGCUGCUGCAUACUGAAUAUUCUUUAUUAUCUCUUCUUCACAAUCAGGAUGGAGUGGUCCAUCACCAUGGUCUUUUCCAGGACCGGACAUGUGAAAUUUCAGAAGAUCUGGAUGCCAACAAGCUAGUGAGGAAGAUGCGAAAACGGAUAUGUCUGGUGCUGGAUUGUCUUUGUGCCCAUGAUUUCAGUGAUAAGACUGCAGACUUAAUCAAUUUACAGCAUUAUGUCAUCAAAGAGAAGAGACUGGGGGAACGGGAAACAGUAGUUAUCUUCUAUGAUGUUGUCCGAGUGGUAGAAGCCCUUCAUAAGAAAAAUAUUGUUCAUAGAGACUUGAAAUUGGGUAAUAUGGUGCUAAACAAGAGGACUCAUAGAAUAACAAUCACUAAUUUCUGCCUUGGGAAACACUUGGUGAGUGAAGAUGACCUAUUGAAAGAUCAGAGGGGAAGUCCAGCCUACAUUAGUCCUGAUGUACUUAGUGGUCGGCCUUACCGAGGAAAGCCAAGUGACAUGUGGGCUCUGGGUGUAGUACUUUUUACCAUGUUGUAUGGUCAGUUUCCCUUCUAUGACAGCAUACCUCAAGAACUAUUUCGCAAAAUUAAGGCAGCAGAAUACUCUAUCCCUGAGGAUGGUAGAGUAUCGGAGAAUACAGUUUGUCUAAUAAGAAAGUUGCUGGUUUUGGAUCCUCAGCAGCGCCUGACUGCAUCUGAGGUUCUGGAGUCUCUUGGAGGAAUCAUUUCUUCAUGGCAAUCGAUGUCCUCCUUAAGUGGCCCGCUGCAGGUUGUUCCCGACAUUGAUCAUGUGACAAGUCCAGAAAAUUUGCAGGAGGCUAAAGUGACAGAAGAAUCAUCUCAGUAUGAGUUUGAAAACUACAUGCGGCAACAGCUUCUUCUGGCAGAGGAGAAAAACACAAUUCAUGAAGCCAAGAACUUUCCUCAGAAACGUCACUUUGGCAAUUUCCCACCCAUUAGAAGAUUGGGAUAUGAUGCUCAGCCAGUGAGCCCUUUGGACGCUGCAAUUUUGGCCCAGCGAUACCUUCCUCCACCACACCUGACUCUUCCCAAUUCCCACUAACUCCAUUAGGCCCUAGAUGCUUCAUUGUCCAUUGAAAACAUCAGGUGGAGAAUCUCCUUCAGCUGUGAAAGGUUUACAUGGUGCUAGACUUCUACUUUGCCUCGCUCACCUUUCUUUUCCUGUACUAUGAUUCUGUCUAAAAAAAGAAUAUUGCACAUAAGUCCUGACGCCCCUUCCAGUUAUCCUAAAGCAAUACACUUCCAGCACAAUGAAUACAAGCUAAUGUAGCAUUUAUUUUCAAGCAGGGUGUGAAAUUCAGAUGCCAUUAGCUGCAGACAAUGCACGCAAGGCACGGCAGCAUUAAAUACUUUUUUUUUUUUUUUUUUUAACCCCCUAUCUCCUACAAUUUUAUUCUUUAGCUAUCAGCUUUUUUUAAGAAAAUAUAUACAUAUAUAUAUAGAUCUAUACAUAGACAUUAAAUCUACCUCUCUUUUGUAGCAAGUUCCACAGAGUGGAAACAUACAGCAUUUAGAAGGAGUCUGCUGUGGAACAGAUUUGUCUUUUAUUUGCUAUUUGUUCAUAGUUUGUCCCCUAUUUUACUGCUGGGGUGACAGUCUAGAUAUUGUGUACAUAUAUAAAUAUAUAUAUAAAUAAUAUAUAUCCUUAUAUAGAGAUAUAUAUUUGAUAUUGAAUAUCCGCUGGAUUGCAAUAUCCAUGUAGAAAGAAUAAGCUGUGUUAUAACCAUCAGGCUUAUAACAUCCACAUCCUCUCCUGUCAUCUGACUUGUGGGAUUUCUUUUUUUUUUGUUUUGUUCCCCCCCCCCCCCCCCCCUGUAUGAUCUCAAUCUUGCCUAUUUAUUAGAAUGUGUUAUUUUUUUAGUCUGAAAACAAUAUCCUGAGGUUCCUUUACAAAGCACGGAAUGGUGUGUUCUCACUGUGUUACACUGUGACAUGAAAUUUUGAUGAUUCAUUAAAAAAAAUAUGCCUCUCUAAAUAUCUGUAUAUAUAAAUAUAUUCCCUUUUUUAUUUGGCAGGGUAAAAACCAGUACACGGUAACGUAUAACGGCAAAUCAGAUCUUUCACUGCAUUGGCUAAAGUGCUGAAAUCUGAUUGGUUGUUAGGCACAUCAUUGCUGUUUGCACCAUAUUAUUAAAUAAAGGCCAGUGUGCAUUUUUCUGUUUUUAUAAA